AUGUACUUACAAUUAUAAGAAAUGAGAUAAAAGCUUACUAACUUCAUAGAGGGUGUCAAAAUCGUUACACUUAACAUUGCUCUUUUAUCUCUACAAAUUAAAAUAUAUUUAUAACUUAUUCGUUGAAAAGAGAGAGAGAAGUUAUAUCAAAAUGACAGAUACGUAUUUUCCAUUUGUGUAUUGGGCUCAAACAGAAAAUCAAGUUACAUUAAAAGUUGACUUGGCUGAUGUUAAGGAUAUUAAUAUUAAUUUGCAAGAUAAAAAAUUGCAAGUUAGCGCAUAUGGUCAAGGUGCAAGAGGAUGCAAUAAUUACGGUUUCAGUAUUGACUUUCACGAACUUGUUAUUCCUGAUGAGAGCAAUUAUAAAGUUAUUGACCGUCAAAUAGAUUUUACAUUGAAGAAAAAGUAUAGCGGAUGGUGGCCACGAUUGACUGGCCAACCACAGAAACCACCAUGGCUUAAAAUAGAUUUUGACAAAUGGAAGAGUGAAGACAUGGAUGAUAAUGAGUAUGAGAAGAGAGAUGUUUGUAACGACUACCCUGAUAUGUAUGAUAAAUUACAUAAAGAAGAACUUGGGUAUAGGAAAGAGGACUUUAAGAAAGUAUACUUAAUUAUCUACAACUUAUGUCAAUUAGUCGGAUUUCUUUAUAUUCUUACUGUAAUGGGUUUGAAAUAUUCUCGGGAUGGGCCAGCUUCUAUGAAACACACAUAUACUGUUGUUGGAAAUCCAAUGAAAUUUAUACAGUUGCUACAAUUUUUGGAAGUUAUGCACCCUUUAUUUGGAUAUACUAAAGGUAGUAUGAUGAUUUCUUUCUUGCAAGUUGGAGGCAGAGCAUUUGUCUUAUUCUUCAUGAUAGAAGGGGAACCACGUAUGCAAACUAAACCAGUUGUAUUUUAUCUUUUUAUUGUUUGGAGCGCAGUUGAAGUUAUCAGAUAUUUAUACUAUAAUUCACAAUUAUUGAAUGUAGAAAUUUAUUUCUUAACAUGGUUAAGGUAUACAAUAUGGAUACCGCUGUAUCCUUUAGGUAUAAUAUGCGAAGGUAUUAUUAUCUUACGCAACAUUCCAUAUUUUGAAGAAACACAACGGUUUACCGUAUCUUUACCAAACUCUUUAAAUUUUUCUCUUCAUUUUCCAACUUUUCUGCGCAUUUAUUUAUUAGUAUUAUGUAUACCUGGUAUUUACACUGUGAUGUCACAUAUGAAUCAUGCUCGUUAUAAAAAACUUGGAAAAUCUAAUAUUAAAAGAAAAUACACAUAAUUUUAUUUUAUAAUUUAUAUAUAAGAACAAAAGAUAUUUUUAUCUCUAGUAUAGAGUAGACAUCACAAUAAAGUAUCAGUUUUGUUAUGCUUUUCAUGGAUAAGGAAUAUAAUUAUUGAUUGUUAAUUACUGUGAUUAUUAGUCCAAUAUAUUUCCGUAUUUCUUUAAGCUUUUCUACAAAUAUUACAGUAAAUAUUGAAUUAUCAAUCGUAAGGAAAGAUUAAGCUUUAAUUUAUAAUUAGACUAGUCUUUAAUCAUAUGAUUCGAUUACUUGGAAGUAAUCGUCGUGAAAUGUAUGUUUAUUUAUUAUUUUUUAUUUAUUUUGUUGUUAUUAUUAUUAUUUAAAACCAGUGAAAAUGAUGAAAAAAAUGAGUAUAAUUCUUAGUAAUUAUUCUCUAAAUACUUCAUAGCUUAUUGAAUUAAUUUUUCUGAAUGAAUGUAGAUCAAUAAAUUAAAAUUCUGUCGAAAACG